ACAUUUAAAUAUGGUGGAAGAAACGCGUCGGCGGUACAGUGUUGCCAGUACGGAAGUACUCGAUGACGCUAUUGCCAGCUAGCUAUGCUCCCUCCAAAACCGCGCGUGCAUUGGCAGCAUUGUUUUUUGGUAGUUUACAAAUAAAAUGGCCGAUAUAUGAGGCUAUUUUGUAUGGACAAUAAAAUAUACAAUUUUGUAAAAUUAAUGACCAUCGGCCGCUCGUGUAUACACGUCAAAGUAUAGGUUCAGUGGUGUGAAAUACGAGAAAAGAAGGUGAAGUGUAAGUGAGCGUGUGGGAGUGCCGUGAGAAGAAGGUGGAGGUUGCCUUUCAAGACCCGUGGACGCCGCGGGCCCGAAGACAGAAACGAAGAAUCACUUACAGACUCUAAUACAUAGAACAGUGUACCAACCACUGUAUCUUUUACAUUGACGCGCGGUGGCGCGGUGGCAACUAUACAAGAACCGCUGUAGAUUUAUGGAAGCUGGUUUACAGCGCACAGGCCCCCUCUGCCGCCUGCUCUAAUUCUUCAGGCACUCUUGCCUCACCUCCCAAACAUUGUGUGUUCCUGAGCACUAACAAAACAACACUUGGGAACACACUGUGCAUUUAUUUGCACUUUAUGUCGCACACAUGAUAGAAAGCGCACGGUGUUGACUGACUUGGAAAUCUUAUGAAUUCUGGUUACAGCCUUUAGAUAAUACAACAAGCCUAAAUAUUAUUGUACCUUGGAGCUGCUUCGGGCAGAUAUGAUUUCUUAUUUUGAAAUCCACGGCCAAGAUACUGGAGUGUGACGGGUACGUUUAUUUAGAAUCCCUCAAAAUAUUUCCCGCCGAUCAAUUUGUUGUAGUGGAAAGAAGUGGUACAGACAAUGCGUUGACAGAGACGGAGGGGCCAACAAGUACUGCGUCCAGCCAGCCCACCCCCUCCGUUACCCCUCUGUCAAACAUGUGCACCACUCCUGGCAACAUGGGCACAGGAUUUGGGUAUACCUGGUCCUUUGGGGGGCCUGGUGCGGAAACCCGAGAAAACGCACAGGGUGAACUUAAUACGAAUAUCAGUUACGCUGUGAACAAUAAUCAGGACCAAGGAUCCAGUCAGAAGAUACAGGUUGACAUUAAACCCGCUAAAGUUGCCAAUAGCACGCAUCGUAGACCAAUGUUUACUAUGAAUGAAACUUGUCAACAGACCCCGACAACCCACCAUGGCCAUACAGCUGGAGCUCAUAAUCAAACACAUGGUACGCACGUUCGAAAUAAAAAGCAUCAUGAUGUAUUUUCAUUAACGUGUGAUAAAGGUGGUUGUAAUUGUGAUGCGGCGCAUCCUACACCUCCACCUUCCCUUUUUUCGAACACUUUAGUUUUUACCACGGCCGAUAAGCAUGCUAUGAGUAAGCAUUUCAUGACACCCCUCGGACCGCUACAGCUUACCGCAGAAGAGUGCAAUGAAAUUUUAAUGAAAAGAGCAGCAGCUGCCUCGAAUCAAGCAAAUGUAAACAAUGUGGCAACCAGCCAAACGGAUACCAGUGCUCACUUUGGGCAUGUUUUAACGCAUGUUAAUACCGCUCAAAUUGAAACAAAGGUGAAACAGCAAGAUAUGGGAAGUCAGGUUCGUGUACCAAAGGAACGACCGUAUUCUUGUUCAGAAUGUGGGAAGUCGUUUCUUCUUAAACAUCACCUCACAACACACGCAAGAGUUCAUACAGGAGAACGACCCCAUGUCUGUGUGCAUUGUGGCAAAAGUUUUGCACACAAACAUUGUCUUCAUACUCACCUGCUUCUGCAUAGCGCGGAUAGACCCUAUCAAUGCCUUGAAUGUAAAAAGUCUUUUACAUUAAAACACCACCUUGUAACACACACCCGUGUACAUACGAGAGAUCGACCAUUUAUUUGUCAAGAGUGUGGAAGAGCAUUUCCAUUAAAACGUCACCUAGUGACACAUAGUAAAUUUCAUUCAGGAGAAAGACCUUUCGUUUGCGAAGAGUGCGGAGAAUCGUUUUCGCAAAAGGAUCACCUCACGAUGCAUUCGCGCUUCCAUGGCAGUUUAAAUCCAUUUGUUUGUCAAGAUUGUGGGGCUACCUUCCAGAGGAAGUUUGAGUUAGUGAAUCAUGGUCGAUUACACGGCAGGGUUCCACAUUCGUGUACUGUUUGUGGUAAAGAAUUUUUACAAAAGAGAACAUUGUUGGCACACAUGCGUUUACAUACAGGAGAAACUCCAUUCGCCUGUACCGUUUGUGGAGAAGCAUUUCCUCGGAAAACGGACCUGGUUGCCCAUUCAAAGAUUCACAAUAAUAAGAUGACGGCGGAUGAUAAAUCUCUUAUGUGCAGGGAAUGUGGAUUGGAUUUCUCGAAUCGAGAAGCUCUAACAUUGCACUUAAGGUUACAUUCUGGUGAUCGUGCGCUAGUUACGGAUCUUUGCGGCUUAGCCGCUGCCUUCCAACAAACUCCUGGACACUUCCUUACGCCCAACACCACGGGAACUCAUCAGGAUUUGCAGAUGAACGGACCCAUUGGGAACCCCGGAGUUAGCCACAUGCAUGGUGCGACGCAAACAUCACCGCCGGUAGGGACGGCCCCGAAACCGAAACCACACAUUUGUCCUGAUUGCGGUCGUGGUUUUGUACAGAAACAUGGUUUGUCUCAGCAUCAGCGGCGUCACACGGACGGCAGUUGCCACAUAAAGUCACACGUUUGUGACAAAUGUGGUAAAGCCUUCUACCAGAAGAACCAUUUGUUGUUACAUCAACGCCAACACAUGGAUCCACCGCCGAGUAUACUUCGGCAACAACAAAGGCAAGCUGCCCAAGCUGCUGCCCAACAGGCGCAACAGCAGCAACAACAGCAGCAGCAGCAAACCUGCACUGUAGAUACAAAAGCAAUACAACAAGUGCAACAACAAGUUCAGCAGCAAGUACAGCAGCAACAGCAGCAGGUACAACAACAGCAGGUACAGCAGCAACAAGUGCAACAGCAGCAGCAGCAAGUGCAACAGCAACAACAACAAGUGCAACAGCAACAAGUGCAACAACAGCAGCAGCAGCCCCAGCAACAGCAGCAAACGUGCACUGUAGAUACAAAAACAAUUCAACUUCAGGCAAUACAACAAGUGCAACAACAAGUUCAACAACAGGUACAGCAACAAGUACAACAGCAGCAGCAGCAACAACAACAGCAACAAGCGUGCUCUGUGGACACUAAAGCAGUACAGUUGAAUGUUAUUAUGUGAGACGAUAUAGAAAGUGGGGAUUGGUUAGUCCCUGGAACAAUAGCACUCCCAAAUGCGCACCCUGCUGCCACCCUCUGCACGCACUUCUCUUGUACUAACAUUACACAUUAGAUAUAUUUAUUAUCUCUAGAAUCGAAUACGAAAUAAUCAAUUUUAUUACAAGAGUAUAUAUAUUAUAUAUAUACAUACAAAGUAUACAUAUUAUAUUCUAAAUAUGUAAGGCUUGUAACAAGGAAAUAAAAAUAACCAUAUAUUAGUGUUUUACAUAUACUUUAUAUAUCAUUUAUUCUAGAUAUGUAAAAUGAAACUAAACAAAUUAGUUGCCUUAACGAGAUAAAGAAUUUUAAUGAAUAUAUUAACUAUUGUUUGGUGAAAUAUUUUCUCUCUUUUUUUUUUCAUUUACUUUUAAUUAGUAGGACAUCACUUUAUAAGAAAAUACAUAUUGAAUAAACAAACAUAACAAAAAUAAGUUUUUUAUGUACUACUGCUUUGUUGUUAUCCUUCAUGCUGUGCUUGUAUGGUGGAAGUCGAGAGAAAUGUUUGAUCGUAUGAGUGAUUUAUUAAAAAUGAAUAUGUAGAAUGCAUCAAGAAAGAGGGAGAGGGUGGCAGACAUUAGCGCAUUUAUGGAGCAUUUAAAUUAUAAGUCUGCCCGAAAAAAAAUGGUGUUUUUAAACGUAUUUUUACGUUAUACGACUCGCGCAAUUUAACAAAUUUUAGAAAAUUAAGAGCGCAAAAAUAUUACAAAGUUUAUAUUCCAUUAAAUGGAUAUUAAUAAUCUUAUAAAUUUAAAGAUUCGAAUACAUUUCGAAUCGUUAAAAGCGUUUUGUUCUUUUUUUUUUAUAUAUAUAUAUAUGAUCAUGUAGCGUUUCGAUUUCUUAACUUCCGUACUUUACGUUCUCGACUUUGACUUUUUUACUUUAUAAUACCGUGAUAAUGUAUGCGAAAAGCGUUUCGCUGGUUUUCACAAAAUCAUUCAACAUACCGAACUUUUGUAAUAGUUUUGUCAGAGAUAUGUAAUAGCUAAUAGAAUUGCGCAAAGAAAUGAAAGAAGUAAUAAAGGUAGCUUUCCUACAUAGUUUAAAUAUA